UCCAAGCAGAUCCCUUCUUUACCCAGUCGCUUUCUCACGUAAAUAUCGCUUUGUGAAAUUUCGAACGCACUCGAGAACUCAAACGCGUCUUGAACUGCAUAUUCUCUUAAAAGGGAAAUCUAUUGUUGUGUGGAUUGAUCUAAAAGGAUAUCAUUCAUGUCUUCCAGCAGCAGGCCACUGAUGGAAUGUACGAUCUGCCGGGAGGAAUACGACCGCCUGAACCACAAGUCAUUCGUUCUCAAGUGCUCGCACUCCUUCUGCUUCAGCUGCCUGAAGAGAAUGGUGGAAAAUAACGAAAAACGGUGCCCCCUCUGCCGAGGGCAAUUCCAAGUCAGCUCCUACGAGGACCUGACCAUUCACAGGAGCCUGCUUGCCUUUGUAAACUACCUGAAUCACGAACGGAUGCACCGACCAGCACGCAAAGCUUUCGGGGAAGGAUCGCCGUGCAUACGGGAGAUGUACGAAGCAAAUUUUCAGGUGUUCCGCAUCAACAAAAAGAGAAUUGCAGAGUUGCAGAAACUCAAUAAAACCGUCACGGAAGACAUCGUGGUGAAGCUGAAACACGUUGUCUCUGAAAACAACAAAAUGAUACAGAGGUUACAGAGAUACAAUACGGAAAUCGGUAAUGUCACGAAAUCGGUUUCAGAAAAGCAAGCGGCCAUCAGGGCAGCAAAGAAUACAUUGAGAAACGCGGAGAGCCCCACCGAAUAUGAUCGGAUUAUGGACGUCGUCAAUGACAUGAUCAAAUCGCAGAAACACUGUCAGGGAGAUGACCUCGAACAUGAACAAAACGUUACUGGAGAGAACUACAAUGGAACACAAUGCUACAAGAAUCAACAUAGAACUAAUCCAGGAACUCUUACAAGGCAUAAAUUUAGAAGAAAUUGAAGAAGGGGCACAAAAUUAUCUUUUUCCCGAACUUGGUGCAGUGGCGGCCGGUGUCAGCGCCCAUAAUUAUGUAUCGGUAGACGACCUCAAGAAGACCAGGCAGCAAGUGUACGCCGUGAAAGUCAUCGACGGACGAAGGAGAUUUGCUAAAAUCGUUAAAUCAGGUCAGAAUCCCAAGACCCUCUACGUCCACAGACUGAAGGAUGAACUUCACAUCCCUCCCACCGCGCAGCUUAUUGAGUACGAAGAGAUAAAGAAGUUGACAUACGACUGCGAUCGCCUGACGUUUAUGGACCUGAGAGCCAGAGGGAGACCUCCCGUGAGAAUCGUCAUCAAAUACUACAGCGAAACGAACUUCAUCAAUCACGUUAAAAACCACGUCUUCCUGUGUACGGGGGAAAGGGGUCCUACGUACGCAAACUCCAAAAUCCUCGAGGUGAUGCAAAAGGGAAAUCCAACGAGUUCCUCGUCUUAGGAGACUUCGAGCGGAACAACGGAACUGCCGGCAGGGCGCUCGUGUCGAGGAGAGAGGGACAUGAGUGGUGGAAGAAUGGCGGCAGCUGGGGGAUGUUGUCAACGUUUGUAAGUCAGCAUGGAUCCACCGAGGCGACGGCGUCGCAGUUUCGCAUCCUCACUCAGAGGUGUUUGGCGUCGCAGAUAUUUGCCUGCGUCAGCGAGGGUCUCGAUCAAUUGAGACGUUACGUUCAGGAGUGUGACGAUGUGAGGGAGAUCAAAAUAAGCGACUGUGGAAGGGUUAUCCAUUGCUGAAGUCAAGCAUUUGCAGAGGACGAGCAAGCAAGAAGGGAAAGAAAGUGGAAUGGUUACCCAUUGCCUACGUCAAGCAAACAAGCAGGGAAAGAAAGAACGAUAAGAAAACGAUAGUGGAAAGAACUGCUUAUAGUUUUGUUUCCGACGUUCAGUUUUGCUAUAAAGAAAAUGUGGUAUAGUUCAGAUAUACAAAUCAUCACUCAGCUCUAUGCUCAUUUACAUCUUUUCCACAAUCCUUUUCUAUGUAUGUCUGGCGUGAAUGAAGUAACCCACUGAUCUCCUUACACCUGUGUAGGUUCCCUAAGCCAAAUGAAUGAAUAACAGUCCUUAUAUAAUUUUCUCCUUUUUUAAUUGCUGUUAAUCUUUACAUGAAUAUUGAAUAUUAAAAAAGCAACGUAUCCAGAUAUAAAAACAUGAUUCUUCAAGUAUUUUAAUAAAUGUAAAAUACAAAAAAACAAGCUUUCGUUUUUAAUUCGGUUGGGUUUUUUUCUCUUUCAUUUGAAAACGUGUUUAGUGCCUGAUAAAAUGAGAAAUUCAUA